GUCACUGUGUCUCGCCCCCACUGUCAGUCAAUCAAGGCAACUCACAAUCACACCACACUUGACCAGGAAAGAAACAGAAGAAGCUGCUGGCCGACCGUGCACGCACCAGCAGCCCCUUUCUCCGUGUGUGUCUUCUCUCUCUCAUCCCGUGUGUGUGGUGUCUCUCAAAUUCAACGAUCGAUCAGUCGCUGUUCUCGAGCAUGGUGCCAUACGUCUGCUGUGCGCCCUGUCUCCCGCUCUCUUCGUCACUCGACUCAUCCGCCAGCUGCACAAACUGCUCGUGCCGGUCGUUCUUCUCCGGCCACUUGACGUGGCACGGCACCUGCAAUCAAUCAAUCAAUCAGUGGCAUGCAAAUACGCCCUCAAUCCUCCGGUGUGUCUGUGGGUCUCGGACAGACCGGAGAGAGUAGAUGUGGUCGGGGGCGGAGACGAGAUCAGCGUUCCGCAGCGCUCUCACAUUGACGUGUUUGAUGCGCUCGAGCUUGAGCAUCAGGUAUCGCGUGAUGAUGAACUGGAUCACCACUAUCACGAUGAGGAACAGCAUGUCGUACCUGACCAGCUGCCGGAGCCACAUCGGCCCCUCGAGCAGCUUUUCGUCUUGGCUGCUGGUUAUGUAUACGGUGUGCUCUUCGCGGUGGUCCCAGAAGGUGAUCUUGGGGACACCGGACAAUAGCUCUUCCUGAAGCUCCUGGAGAGACCGAAGGAUUGGUGACUCUGUCGGUCCUGUGCUUAAGUGACACUGUCGGUCCUGCGGGCUGCUGCUUUCUGAGGAGGGUGCGGAGGGCUUGCUUGACAUGGUGGUUGUGGAUGAGCGGGAUGAACGUGGCCACAAAGUCGAACAACCUGAAUGAAAGAAGCCAAAGCCAAUAGCGGGAAAAAUCCGAUCCACGUGUCCUUCCUCUGCGUAAGUAGGACAGACCAGUGGGAGAGGGCAGGGAAGAGCACCGCGGCCCAGACGCCAAACCAACCCUGCCAGACAGACAGCGUUGGGAGACAUCCGUCUGCUGCGUGUGUAGCCUUUUCUUUGUACGUACGAGGAAGUUGAAGAACUUGUAGUGUGCCAGAAUGCUUCCCUGGAGAGAUCCGUCAAGACAAUGCCUGCAUUUGAUUCGAUCGAGAUUGCCAUUACGUGUGUGGAUUGCAAUCGAUGUUUCUGUUGGCCGUGCCCUUGCCCUACUGACCUACCCUGGCACACUGACUAUCAGUCGCUGCCAUGCGGUCCAAAUUCCGUUGCUGACCCAUCUAGGGCCAAGCCUCAACCCCGGCGUCGUAGGAGAUGCAACCGUGCCAAUAACAUAGUUCCAAUUUUCAAGGACGGCGAACCUGGCAGAGACAGCGGGCCCGAAUCAAUCUCUUGUCAACAACAUUCUCGUUGAUGCCUCCCUCUCCUACGUGUUGGCCGAUGUGAUGCCGUACACUAUCAGGGCUCGGGGGUCACAUACAUGGUCCUUCCACAACACGCGUCUGAAAUGCGCACAGACAGACAGACAGACAGAGACAUGGGCAGACAUGGGCAGACAGAGACAGACAAGACGCAUUCACCGACCUGACUGCAAGAAACUUGAUGCUCUCCUCAACGAUGCCUAUGAUGAGGGGGCUGAGGAUACACCAGAGGACGUUGCCCACGAGCAGCUCCUCGAUCUCAUUCGGCGGGGUCAUGGGGAAAAAGAUCCGGACGAGGAGUUUCGCUGCCAACAUAACGAGGACCUGCAACGACAGCCACAAUUCAACGACAGCCCGCGGCUAUAAAUCGACGAAGGCUUCACAUUCGGGACAAUCAGCAGGAACAUCCACAGGCUGAGUGAGCAGUUGAUCAGCCACAGACAGGAGACACGCAAAGAGACAUCCAGAGGAUUCAUUAGACGUGUGCUGGCGUGCAUGGCUGUAUCCCGCUCACGUCGAUUCGCACACGACGAAGAACAUCUGAAGGAGAGAGACACGCACCAACAACGAUCGAUGAUGCCGUCCGUCCGUCUCCAUACCUGUUCCGGCAAGAACUGGUUGGUGAAGCGCUGAGUGAGUGAGUGAGUGAGUCAAUCAAGGAAGGAGUGACCAAAGACCGGAUGCAACGAGACCUCUUGAUCGAUCAUACACACCUGGAUGAGGUACAACUGAAUGAUGAUCGAUGGCCCAGUGGCCAAUAACAUAAUGCCUGUGUUCACCAGUUGCCCCAGAACAACUGCAUCGACACAAAACACGUACGGGAAAUCGGUGGUGACUCAGUGUGCGUGUCUCUUUCAGUCCCACAUCCAAGCGCAAAGAGCGACGCGACGACAACCAGCAGAAGGUACGCAAAGACAGCCCAUGUGCCGCGCUGAAAGAAACCUGCAGUCAGCCAUCACUGCACUCAAGAAGGCAUGGCAUGCAUUGCGUCCGCAAACCUGCACUGAAGAGGGCGACGGACUGCCUUCUUUUCUCAAUGAAGUCUUCUUUCCUCACAUGCGCCGCCCUCGGCGGCCCCGUGGAAGGCUGCAUUGCGAAAGACGCC